AUGUUUUGUAUGAUAGGAACCCAGAAUAGUCGAUCGAUGAGUGGUGAUCAAUCGUUAAAUGUUUCUCGAGGAAGACGUAUGAGUCGACAUGAAUUAGUUCCACCAACUAUUCCGAUUACACAACCAUCUGAUGAAACAAAAACAUCAUCAUUAUUUCAGAAUGAAAAACUUGUAUGGUUAUUUAUUAUCAGACUGUCAUUAGAGUGGGAAAUAUCAGGUUCAAAGGUUCAGUAG